AUGUCGCUCGUGCCGCCGGACCCGUCGCAGAACUUUGCUCACAUUCUUCGUCUGCUGAACACUAACGUGGACGGCAAGCGCAAGAUCAUGUACGCCCUGACUGAGAUCAAGGGUGUGGGUCGCCGCUACUCGAACAUCGUCUGCAAGAAGGCCGAUGUUGACCUGAACAAGCGUGCCGGUGAGCUGAACUCGGAUGAGCUGGAGCGCAUUGUGAACAUCCUCCAGUCGCCCCAGGAGUUCAAGAUCCCGACUUGGUUCCUUAACCGUCAGAAGGACUUCACUACCGGUAAGGACUCGCAGGUGCUGUCGAACAACGUCGAGGCCAAGCUCCGUGAUGACCUCGAGCGCCUGAAGAAGAUCCGUGCCCACCGUGGUCUUCGUCACUACUGGAACCUUCGUGCCCGUGGUCAGCACACCCGCACUACGGGUCGCCGCGGUCGCACCGUUGCGAACAAGAAGAAGUAA